GGCAACGAGACCCGCCGCUGGUACGGCACGUACCGCGAGUGCCUCAUCGGCGAGAGCGAGCAGUCGUAUCCCUGCGCCUCGCUGACCUGCCGCCUCUGCAACAUCAUCCGCACCGACUUCGAUCUGAAGGCGCACGGCAAGAAGCUGUCCGUCGGCGCGUUCGGUCGCGCGAUCUACACGUCCUCUUCCACCUACACUGCGGACGAGUUCUCGAGCAACCGCGUGCAGAACUCUACGGCGAAGGCCAUGAUUCUGACCGAUGUCAUCGUCGGCAAGCCCAAGAUCGUGCACGUUGACAGGCCUUUCAUGAAGACCGCCCCUCACGGAUACGACUCGGUCAUGGCCAAGAAAGGUUUUUUCCUUGCCCAUGACGAUAUCAUGGUCUACACCAACGACGCUGUGCGCCCUGCAUACCUGGUCAUGUAUGACCUCUAG